AUGAAGUUUCUCGAAAGUUGUGAAGUUUACUUCGGGUCGAAAGACCUUUACGAAAUUCUAGAUGUCAAGAAAACGGCGAACGAAAAGCAAUUGAAGAAAGCUUAUUACAAGUUAUCUCUGGCUGUGCAUCCGGACAGAGCUCCACCAGAGAAGAAAGAACAUGCCACGAAAUGCUUUCAAGUCCUGAGUAAAAUAAUGUCCGUGCUGAGCGACAAGGACAAGAAGGCUAUUUACGAUGAAACUGGUGUCGUUAGUGAUGACGACGAUGAAGGAAUCUCUUGGGAGGAUAAUGACUGGACAUCUUACUGGCGUCUGUUGUUCAAACCUCUCACUAUGAAAGACAUCGACGAGUUUUUCAAAACUUACAGAGGAUCUGAAGAAGAGCAAACCGAUCUUAUCAAGUGCUACGUGGAUGCAAAAGGCGAUUGGGAUGUUCUGUGGCAGACCCACAAGGGCUACCGUGGAAUCGAUGACGAAGAACGAUUGAAAGAUCUCAUUCAAACGGCAGUCGAUGGAGGAGAAGUGGAAGCUUAUGAUGCAUUUUUCAAGGAGCCGAAAAAAAAGACUUUAAGGAGGCACAAAAAGAUGAUGAAAGAGGCGGAAGCCGCUGAGGCUUGCGAAGAACCUGAAAAUGAUUUAGCCGUAAUGAUUGCCGCUAAUGCCAAAAAACGAGAACAAGCCAUGAGCAGUUUGAUUGCUGGCCUGGAGGCAAAGUAUUGUAACAAGAAAGGGCCUCAAAAAAAGAAGCAAAAAACCAAGUACCGUUCGGUUUUUUCCAGGGAUUGUUCAGUGUAUUUUGCUAUUUUGUCGCGUUUGCCGAAUGUGAAGGUACCAGGAAAAAUAAUACUGGAGAAGAUGUCUGUGCCGGCCGUGAGCAUCAGUGUCGAGGCCCCGGUUGAACACCGGGUCCAGGAGAUCACUUUCGAGGGGGUCGAAGUCCGACAAAACCCGCCGUCCAUGUCGGAGAAUCUGACGAAAUUGGCCCAGAAGAUCGACUUUUUCGAAGCUGACGAAGACUCGACGUCGAAGGAUGAGACCGAGGUUAAAGAGGAACCCGUGCCCCUGACGUACCCUUGGGAGUCUAUUCGGUCGAAGCUGAUGAAAGCCUUUGACCAGGCAACCGUGCUUUUGGACAUCAUGGCCAUUUGCCGGGAGAAAAAGUACAUGAUUCUUGACCCGGUUGCUCAAGAAGCCCCUCCGCGAGCUCCCAUCAUUCAGAUGUUGGCCAAGAAAAAGGGAUUCGCGGCUGCUGCGGAUAUUCUUCAACGAGGCGCCGAUAAAUUGAAGAAUUGCCAGUCUGAAUUGGCGAGGACCCGAGGAAUCCCAAAUUUUCACACGGAGUUACUUCGAUUGCGGCAACACUGGAGGCUCAAGAAGACUGGGAAUUCCAUCGUUGGGGACUUAAGUUACAAUUCAGCUGCUGCCAGGUGGCAAUCUGGGGUCUUCGAGGUGCUGAAGACUGAGGAAGCAGAUGGGGGAACUGUUGUCAACAGUGGUACUGGACCUCACAAAAUACCUCCUGCUCUGAAGGUGGUCCUUCCUCCAGAAUUGGAGUGUGAAACGUACAUGGAAGUUGUUGUUCACAAGGACCAAGAAACCUGGGCGUCGGUACAGGUGAACCUGUUGUCCCCGAACGCGGAAACCCAAGCACCAGGUGAUCUUUCGUGGCAAAAGAAGCUGGAGAACGCGCAGAAUGUGUUGUUUUGCAAAGAGCUCUUCCGGCAACUCGCGCGAGAAGCCGUGUGCUUGCCCACACACAUCCCUCACAUGGUGGUUGGCAAUCGUAUCACGGCGUCUCUGUUCCCCUCCAUUCAGCUCAUCAUCACGUUGAACCAGGUGUCUCGAAGCGACACUGGCACCACCACGACGACGACGACGAACCCUAGGAACCCGGACCACAACCACGUGUUGGAACACUCUCUGCACCAAUUGUUGUGGGAUGCGCAUCAUAAAAUGCGUCAUCAGACGAUGCCUCAUCCGUCUUUUGGCCCGAUCGGGAUCCCGGUGAAGCGUCGGGACGCUGGGCCAACUGCUGCGUCCCGGGCCAGUUUGAAGAACCUGGGCCGGACGGAAUCGUUGCUGGAGCAGGUGAUCAAGCAGGCCAGACACGUCGUGUUGCGCAUGAGCACCAUGUUUGUCAUUGACAACCUUGCCAAGGAGGUGAAAGAUCCUUUCAUUGUGGCCCACUGGAACGCGCUCAACUCGCCGACCGUGAACAUCACCAGCUGUGGUUACGAGGCGCUGUCGCGGACGUCGCUGGUCAUCAGCGUGGGUGAAACAUCGCUGAAGGCCAUUUGCAAGGACGGACGCGUGAUGACUCUGUCGAUCGAGCCUCAGGAACUCAGGGCAUUGUUGCUGUGCCAGAUUGCCCAGCAUCAAGUGACGGCCGUGCAGACGCUGGCCAAGUGCCACGGCUGGAUAGUAGUGUCGAGUAGUACGUUUCUGGGCGGCGUCGGCGCUGCUGAGCCACUGGGCAAUCCGUCGUCGUGUGUGUUGAGCUCUCCGCGUGGCGGCUACAAGCUACUCGCCGUCAAGUGCGUGCCGAAGCGGGAUUUCCGAGUUUCCGUGGCGGUGGUGGCCCGUGACGCGUCGUUGGAGUCGGGCACGGGACACGCGAUGGGUUCGGAGGACAGUGACGCCGAGGAAGAGCUGGAAGCGGACGAGGUGCCCGAGGUGACCAAGUUUGAGUUUGACCUGAUGAGCGACGAGCCCAUGGAUUUUGACGAUCUCACCCGAGACUUAAACUUUGCGCCCAAGUUUGGAGGGGCGGCCAAGAGGGCGCUGGUGUUCGGCGGAGACCGGAAGGGCGGAAGUGGGGCCCGGAAACGGCGCUUGACGAAAGGCAGCAGCAGCAACUACGAGGACGGAAGACGGGGACGGCACAGGGUGUAUGGCAGCGAUUUGCGACACGACGCCCUGCGGGAAGUUCUGCUGGACAAAUUGGAUGGCAGGAACAACUUGAGCAAAAUUGAGCUCAUCAUGGCGUGUCUGGCUGGAAGGUAUUAUGUUGGUUUUCAUUUUAUGUUUCAAAUGGUGAUGAAAAGUGGUCGAGUGAACUUAUCUCUAUGGGCUGGGCCUUUGUUGUUGGCGAGUUUCCUCACUUCUGAAAGCCUACCGGACCUAGGACUAAUCGAGAUUGGCCAAGGGAGGAGAUUGAAGAAGGAUAUAAGUGAUAAAGCGCAGUGGAAAAGGGGAACUCUGCGAUUCCGUGGGGAUCCGAGACUCAGUGCAGAUGUGGUACAUCCUGAACUUGGGUUCUUGCCUGAGGACAUACAAUGGUUGCAAGGGACUUUGGAUGAUGAUUAUCUUUGGGCCAGUUCAGUCCCAAAAAUUCCUGGCAAGGAAACAUUGCCCAAGAACUUGACGGUAUUUCAGCCGGGAAGAUCGGAUCCAGCGUUUUUCCCGGACCAGGAUUACUGGAUCCAUAUUCUUUUCAAGAAUGUACCCGAAGAACUGAGUCAGAAUCUUGUGCAUGACCUGACCUCUAGACUCGAGAGGGCGCAUGAGUUCGCCUUCAAGCGGAGGCGGGAUUUGUACCCUGGCAUUGGGCAAGUGAAGGUCAUCAAGAGGGAAAUCACAAACAAUGUUGCUGUGACUAUGCUGAAAAUAUCAAAAGAAACUGAGGAUGAAGUGGAAGCUGCGUAUUCCCUUCGACGGGACGGCAAACCUGUCCUUUCUCGCAGUGCAGUAAUAGAACUCAAUGACUUGACUGACCCAGAACUCGACUUCAUCUUCUAUCCGUAUGCACUGGAAAGAUUAACGAGUGAACGGCGCCAGGCUGUGUUUCAAGAGUCGCCGGAGUCCAGUCACAUGGCCUAUGUCAUCUUGGGCGUUGUGGGAGCAGCCAUGUUCGUCGCAUUCCUAGUUGCUCUCAUGUUCUUUGUCUGGAUGAAAGGAGUGAAGACUGGAGAAGAGGAAGAAACGCAGCGAGGAAGGAAGAACAGAAGGGUCGAGUCUGGGGAGUUGAAGUUGCCAGUGUUUGAGGAGCAUCAAGUGGCCAGGGUGGACCUUGGGUUUGAGCCUGGAGAGUCCGAUGAUGGGAAACCCCAGGUAUUGUACCACUUUUUUCUUUAUGCAGUCAUUAGUGCACCGAGGUUGUUAUCUCAA